AUGGGCACUGCUGAAGAACCCACCUGGCUCCAGCUGCCACAGAAGGACUCCCACCCCCGGGGACUUCUCUGCUGCCCACAGGAUGGGAGCCGGGAGGUUGGGGGCCCGGCCAUGAAAGAAUGCGGCCCCUCCCAGCAGAAGGACAGCCCCGCACCCUCCAGGCAGAGCCCUGACCACAGCACCAGCAUGGACUCCAGGCUCAGUGGCCCUGCGGGGCCUGGGGCAGUGGCCACUUGCUCUGAGGGCCCUGCUGGGAGCCUGGGACAACCUUCCCAAAGCUGCAGCCCACUUCAGGAGUUGGCUACCCAGGAGGCAGCAGCCUCACGAGCAGCCCCAGCCUCAGGGACAGUGACUGCUUCCUCGUGUGGGCAGCCCGAGCCUGGGUCCUCAGAGAACACAAACCCCACGUUCUUGGAGAAGAUGGAUUCUGAGUCAGCGGAGCAGGCAGAUUCCACACCCAUGGGAAAGUCAGAGCCUGCCGGUCUUGUGGCUCCUGGGGGAGCAUCGCUCCCGGCCCCAGGAGAGGAAGAUGGAACACACAUGCAGAAGGUAGAAGCCAUGUGCGCCAGUAAGGGGGUUCCGGUGUCCCCAAGGAAGGAGGAUGCUGGGUCCCCCAGAGAGGUGGAUCCCGUGUUGCCAAGACAGGAGGAGCCCACGUGUUCCAGAAAUGAGCAUCCCAAGUCCUCUGGGCAGGUGGACCCAGCCUCUGGGGACAAAGCGGCGCCUGCAAGAGAGGCAGAUACGUCCACAGAACACGCUAAGCUGGGGCCCUUGCGCUCUGCAGAGUCAGCAAGCGGGCCUGUGGCCUCUGGGACAGCUGCUGCAGUGCUGGGCUCCUCCAGAGAGAUGGACCCUGCACCCAGGGGACACAUGGAAACUGUAACCUCUGCGAAGCAGGACCCUGGGCUCCUGAGAAAGGAGGACCCUCCCCCCUCUGGAGAGGGAGGUGCUGGGUCUGAGAGGAUGGCCAAGAAGGAGGUGUCCACUGGCCAGGGGGAACCUCUGCUCCCAGGAGAGCCAGAAACCGCAUCUCUGAAACCAGGGGACCUCCCGGCCUCCGGCAAAUGGGACCCUGCAGAGCCCUGGUCUCCUGGGCAGGUGGAGUGUAAGUCUGAGGGCAAGAUACACCCCUCCCCCUCCCAAGGGGCGGAUCCCAUGAUUGCAGAAACCAGGAAAAUGACGCCUCCUGGACAAGGGAAUCCCAAGCCUUCUGGAAAGGCCGGCCCGGCGUCCUCCCACCCCGGGGAUCCUCCGUCCUCCGGGAGGGUGGUGGAUCCGCCAUCUUCUCGGGGGAAAGGAGAGCCCCCGGCCCUGGAGAAGGAGGGUCCUGCGGCCCCGACCCAGAUGGAUGCCACCAGCGGGGCCAGAGUGGAAGCUGAGCGCUGUGCGCCUGUGAAGGCUGUGCCUUCAGAAUCGGGGGCCGCCGUGGCCUCAGGACAAACACACCCGGUGGUGGAGGUGUCUUCGUCCUCGGCGAAGGUGGACCGCGGGACCCCGGGAAAUGCAGAAGCUGGCCCGGGGCCCAAGGCCGGACCUCUGCCUUUAGAGCAGGCCAGUGCCGUGCCUGACGCCAAGGUGGAGCCCGGGACCUUUGGGAAGACAGAGCUGAAGUCAGGGGACAAGGCAGAGGCACAGCGCCGCGGGCCGGGGGCUGCAGCAUCUUUGCCAAAGGAGGGGACCCUGGCCACGGAGAAAGCGGAUCCCAAAUCCUCAGGAAAGGAAGAGGCCUCCGUGUCUCCGGGAAAAGCAGAGUCCCUGCCUUCAGCGCAGGGGGCACCCCUGACUGUGCAGCAGGUGCAGUCGUCCUCCCAGCAAUCAGACCGCAAAACCUGCGGCUCAGUCCCUUGUGCCGGGGGUGCAGGGAGCAGCGAGAGUCGCACAAGGUCAGAGACGGCGGCGGCCAGCGGCAAGGUCUCCAGCCUGAGCCCCAAAGACCUGGCGGCAGUGGAGGCCACUGCGCCCCCGGCGGGGCCGCGGACUCGCGACAAUUUCACCAAGGCGCCGUCGUGGGACGCGAGCGCUCCGCCGCCGCGCGAGGACGCGGGCACGCAGGCCGGAGCGCAGGCCUGCGUCUCGGUGGCCGUGAGCCCCAUGUCUCCGCAGGACGGCGCGGGUGGCCCGGCCUUCAGCUUCCAGGCGGCACCGCUCGCGCCCAGCCAGUCUCCCGGGCCGCCCUCGCGCCGCGACGCGGGCCUGCAGGUGUCACUGGGUGCCGCCGAGACGCGCUCCGUGGCCACCGGGCCCAUGACACCACAGGCUGCAGGGCCGCUGCCCGCUGCGCCACCCGCCUUCCCCGAAGUGCGGGUGAAGCCCGGAUCCGUGCUGGCGGCCGCUGUGGCUCCGCAGGAGGCGGCCGAGCCCGUGCGCGACGUCAGCUGGGACGAGAAGGGCAUGACGUGGGAGGUGUACGGGGCCUCCAUGGAAGUGGAAGUGCUGGGCAUGGCUAUCCAGAAGCAUCUGGAGCGACAGAUCGAGGAACACGGCCGCCAAGGGGCGCCCCCGCCGCCUGCCGCGGCCGCUGCAGCAGCCGCCCGCGCUGGCCCUGGCCGAGCGGGCUCGGUCCGAGCCGCGUCCCAGGAUGGCGCAGCUAAGCGUCCGCCGGGCCUGUUCCGCGCGCUGCUACAGAGCGUGCGCCGGCCGCGGUGCUGCUCGCGGGCGGGACCCACGGCCGAGUGA